CGCCCUCUGCAGUCCCCAUGCCACUCCGCUCAUAGUCGUCUCUGCCAUGAUCCUGCUAGAUGGACUUGACAAGCAUGAGGCCCCGCUGGCCGAUAAGAACCAGGCUGGACCGUCUUUGCCACCCGUAGCACGGGCGCACACCCCAACCCCUUCUCUUCCCGACUACGAAGCCUCCCAAGCCCAGCUCAAACCAACCGUCCUUUCCUAUCCCGAAAUUCAGGAGAAGCGGACCCGCAGGCGGAAUUACAGGAGAUAUGCACUGUACGCACUCGUGGUGUAUUUUGUGAUUUCUGUCGCCAUUGGCGUCCCUUUCCUUGUCAUUAAACUCAAGAAGAGGGCGUAUACGAAAGCGAAUGCAUCAUAUCCUCAACCAUGGUCAGCAAGUGACAACCUGCCGCCUCAAGCAAUAACAUUAGGCGAUGCACCCUUGCGCCUAUCAUCUGCCAGGUCAUGUAACGCAUGGAGCUCGCAAGAUGUUCAAGAUGGCUCCUCAUUGCUACAGGCUGAACUCGAGUACCACGUGCCCGUGAACGGCUCCCUCUUCCUUAACACCAAUAUCACCUACUCUGGCAACGGCACCUACCUUGACCACUUCUCUGGCCAGCUGAUCGUUGGUCUGGACGACGACUUGUCUGCGACGGAUGCGACGGUCCGCGUGUCGAUGCACUACACAACACCACAACUUCGAAAUGCUACGAACGUGUGUAUGAUGCAAACGGGUUCUGGCGGCGGCCUAUAUCUCUUCACCCCCAAGAACAUGACCGAAACCGACUCACUUCACUUCAACAUCACUCUCCUCCUCCCUCGUAAUAACGGUGAUCAAAGUACACGCAACAUCCCCCAACUCCUCUGUCAUCUCCCCCAUUUCCAGCAUAUAUAUCAAUCUAUGGACCCGUAUGUGACCUUUGGGAGUGUGGUGCUGGGCGGUGCCAUGGCAGGGGUGGAAAUCGAGUCAAUACAAGCAUCAGACGCCGUCGUGAAGGCAUCGUCAGCAGAAAUCCGGGGCCAGUUCACCGUGGGCUCGUCGUUAUCAUUGGAGACGGUAUCUGCACCAAUCAACGCAGACAUCCGACUCUUUAAUAACGGUACGUCGGGGAAGCCUACCUAUAUGCAUCUCACGACGGGCAAUAAUCUGUUGAAUGCUACGGUCACGAUGUUCGUGCCCCCGGAGAUGGCGAACAUGACGGGCCCCCACUUCCUGACGCACGCGGAGACGUUCAACGCGCCGCUCACCAUCGCGCUGAUGCACGACCCAGCCUCCGCACCCGCCGUGGUGCAAAUGCGAGCGCUAAACAACCUAGGCAACUCUCGUGUAAGCGUCGACUCGCGGUAUGAGGGCACGUUUGACGUCAGCACAAUGUUCGCGCAAGCGGACGUGCUCACGAAGCACGACUCGUCCCAAAACUAUCGCAGCGUCAACAGCGGGAAAAACAUGAUGCGCCUUACCAACUACCAGGGAGCAGAUAGCGACGACUCUUCGUCGUCGAUGAAGAAGCCCGUCAUGUACCUCGCGUCCCCAACGACCACCUCUUCAUCAUCAUCUUCCUCCACCUCCGCCGCUGCCAACCAAAGUCGUUGUCUCGAGUACGACCUCAUAUCGAGCUCGGAGAUCCGCGGAUGGGUUGGCAUACCACCACGAGCACCACCACCGACCCCUUCCUCCCCUGGCAACGCAUUCCGGGCGAUGGGCCACAUCGACGUCGUAUCCUCCCUCAGCGGCGCCCAGCUCAUGCUGCUCACAUAGUCUCGGUGGCCGUAGGCCACAACAGGUUGCUUGCGCACGGACAUCUUAUCGCACACCCCGCACAGCCGCACCGCUCUUUUCGCAUUCGUAGCCGUAGUAGUCGUACUCAUCAUCGCCACCACCUUCCUCAUGCUCAUCAUUCUCAUCGUCAUCGCCUCGGGGUUCGGAUCGCUUCGCCAGGUUCCUUCCGCACAGUGUGUAGCGUGUACUCUAUAGGACCGUUCUCCUUCCUUUUGUCUAUCUUAUUGCCCGCGCUCUGGGCGUAUUCUGUUGUCGCAUGCGCGCGAUGCCGCUGCGCCUGCUUUAUUUGGCCGUUGCAGCUGCUAGUGCCGCAGUUGCUGCGACCCUUCCAUACCUACUACCUGCCGCAUCGAUCGCUCGCUCGCGCUGUGGCCUCCCGUCGUAUAUACCGCACACUCUCUUGCAAUCACAACUGUACUCUCACC